AAAUAUGUAUAUAAAAUGUUUGAUUUUAGACGGAAAAAAAUGAAGUGGCGUUGCAUAAUUACGACUUUCACUUUGGCAUUAAUAGUGAAAAUUUCAUGCUCAUUAGAAGGAAACGAACACAUAGGUAUACUAUCCCCUAGACAUGAGAGACGAAUGUACUCAAUUCGAGGAGACUUCAUACCAUUGGAAUUUUUUACUGUCAUGAAUUCAGCUGAUUUGUCUAAACAAAAUUUACAAAACCAGCUUAGAAAUUUUCUUGAAAAUCUACAAAAAAAUUUUACAACAUCUGCUAUGUUAAAUGUCAUCGAUUAUAAACACAAAAGUAAUCGGGAUCAAACAAGAAAGUUAUGGGAUUUAUCGGAUUUCUUUAAUUUAUCGGCUGAUGUUGCUAAAACAUUCGCACAUGAUUCGAAAAAGUAUUAUGAAGUUGUAAAAAACUCAAGUUAUACGCUUUUAUUACACCUUCGACAAAUUCCAUCGACGCAACCGACAUUGGUCAAGUUAUUAUUAACAAAUUAUUUUGCGGAAAUGGAGUUCUUUCACAUAAUGUUUUCAGAGAUAAUUGACGAAGUUCUCGAAUACACUCAAAAUACGAUGCUCUCGAUCCAAAACACUUUCACGUAUUAUGCAGAUAUUCAAAGGUUUAUUUUAGAAAACUGGAAUUUGAGAAGUGAUAUAAGCUGCAUUAAAGAAUAUACUGAAUUCCUACAACCGUAUUCGGCUAAAGUUUUUAAGUGUACCACAGAUGCUAAACUUGACGUUGUUUUUGAUGUUUUCGCGAUGACGGAACUAACCAGUAAAUACAUAAUGCAGCAACUUGAGUUUCGAAUUCAGCGGUUGUUCAACUGUUUCUAUUUUGGAAAUUAUGAAAUUCGGUGUAAAUUUCUACAACAUGCUGAUCGUAAUUUCGAAAUACUAUUUAACAAAAUUGAGGAACUAGAAAUCUACUACGAUAUUAAGACAAAUAAUGGUCGCGUUUCAGCUUUUCGAUUUCGUCGACAAAGUAACUCGUAUAAUGAAGAGGACACAGACGCUUUAAAGAAAUGUAUCCCAAAGAAUUUUCCACUUAGUGAAAUGCAUACCAGUUUGAAAAGUUGUUUUGAUAAUAUUAAAAAAUAUUGACAUUAUUCACUAACUAUAAAAUCAGGAUUUGAAAUGCAAACGCUUUGCUUACUUGUAGUUAACAAAGAUCCAGUUUGUGUAAAACCAAUUUAUAUUAAUAAAAAAUAG